AUGAACGAUCGCCGUUAUCCGUCGUCCGAGGAAUCGGACGACGAAUGGCGCUGUCGCGAGCCCAUGCCUAAGUUUUUGUCCGAUUUGGACGACGAAUCGGCGAAAGUCGAAGCACCGUUGUCGAGUGCGCGCGCGUCGGUGGCGAAGGAGGACGCGCGAUGGAAUUUGGCUACUCAUCAUCUGCGAAGGGAAAUCGGAGCGCGAAUCGAUCGCGAGCGAAAAUGGAUAGAGACGACGGUGGCGAACUCCGUCAGGGCGAGCGAUUAUAUGCGUCGCCUGCCGCUCAAGUAUUAUGUCUAUCACGAGUCAGUGUACGAAGGACAGAGCAGGAUAUAUCGGAUUCAAACCGCCUGGUCUCGUCGUCUUUUCGACCGAUGUCGAGUCAAACGCUCCGGGAAGCGAGGAAACACGGGAGCCGUGACCGCUCUGGUGGCUCUGAUAGCGCGAUUGGAAGGUUCGAGGGAGGAUCUGCGUCGACGAUUCGAACGCGCCGUAGGUGCCGGCUUGGACGGAGGGGAAGGUGGUAGCGGCGGCAGCAGCGACAGAGGUUUCUCGUGGAUCGAGAUCGACGCGGCGUUCCAACGUCGCGUGCUGACCGGCGCCGUGUCGAACUCGACGUACAUCGAGCCCGCGCGAUUUCUCGACGACGUGAAGGGCACCGUGCUCGAAAAGGUGCGGGAUAAUAUGACCAAACACAGGUGUCUGAAGGUCAACGUCAUAUUCAACGGGGAAUUCGUAGCGGACGUUAAGAGUAUCGCUACGCGGAACGAACAGCUUGUCCCAGGGUCCGAUCUGAGCGAGUGGUACGAUAGGCACGUGCGCGACGCGAUUCUAACGCGGUUGGAAGAAUUUCAGGAACGCGACAGCGGAUGGGCGUUGUCGCGAAUAUUGAACCUAAUCGUGAACGUGAACAAGUGUAAUCCUAUGCACGUGGGAUGUUGGAUGAAAAUACCGCUGGAUGUAAGACUUAAAAAGGCGGUGGUCAACGUGCCGUCGGAGCACGACGCGUGUUUCGCGCGCGCGGUGGUUGCCGCUCUGUACCCCGCCGAACGGCACGCGGAACGAUGCGGCUCGUAUCCAGAUUACGCGACGGUGCUGAAUCUCGACGGGAUCGAUUUUCCCAUAGAUCUGAAAAAGAUCGGAAAAUUCGAACGUCAGAACGACGUAUCGAUCGACGUGUUUACAACUCGGGAAGGAAUUGAAAAGAAAGCUAAGUUCGGCCGAGGCGCCGACCACAACGCGAUCGUGCCUCUGCGGUUGACCGACGAUAAGCGGGACAGGCACGUAAAUCUGCUGUAUCUGCGCGAUACGCUGCGCGGCGUCAACAGGGGCCAUUUCGCCUGGAUAAAGAAUCUGUCGCGAUUGGUGAAUUCGCAAUUGACAGCGAAACGGUACGCGAAGCACGUUUGCGAUCGAUGUCUACACUAUUUCUAUACGCGCGACAAGUUGAUUGCCCACAGCGUCGACUGCGGCCGAAUGAACGACUGCGCCGUCGUUCUCCCGAACAAGAGCGACAAGUGGCUGUCGUUCGACAAUUACGUCAGAAAGGAGCAACUUCCCUUCGUGGUGUACGCGAAUCUGGAGUGUUUUCUCGAACGACGGGAGAGGGAAAACGUCGAGGGGGGCCCGAGAACGGAAAGAUACGCUUAUCAGCGUCACGUACCGUUCAGCCUGGGCUACUAUCUGUGCUGCACCUGCAACGAUACCGCGUCCGCGUACAGAUAUUGUCGCGGCGAGGAUUGCGUUUCGUGGUUCGUGAACGAGCUUCGCGUUCUCGCGCGUCGCGUUAAGAAUAAAUUUUCCACCAAUAUAGCGAUGGUGGAACUUACGGAGGACGAGAAAAACGAAUUUCUGCUCGCGACUCAUUGUCACGUGUGCGGGAAACCGUUUCAACCGGAGGAUAAGCGCGUGCGGGAUCACUGUCACCUAACAGGACGUUACAGAGGUCCGGCGCAUUCUCGUUGCAAUCUGAAUUACAGAAACGUUUACGUGAUUCCCGUGUUUUUUUACAAUUUGUCGGGUUACGACGCGCACUUUGUCGUCGAGAAAAUCGCGAACGAUUUCGAGGGCGGGGUCGAUCUGCUGCCGCUCACGAAGGAAAGCUACAUAUCUUUCUCGAAGACCGUUAAGGAGACGCAGACGGACGGGAAAUGGGAUCGGUACGUGAAGCUUCAAUUCGUGGACUCGUAUAAAUUUUUAGCGGCGAGUAUCGAAACCCUGGCGUCCUAUCUGAACAGGGACAAGCUGAGAAUCACGCGUUCGGAGUACGCGGAUUUGAGCGCGGAGGAUCUUGAUCUGCUCACUCGCAAGGGUGUGUUUCCGUACGAGUACGUCGACGGCGCGGACAAACUGCGGGAUGCCGAGCUUCCGCCGCGCGAGGCCUUUUACAGCUCCCUGACCGACGAGACCGCGAGCGAGAGCGACUACGAGCACGCGACGAGGGUCCGGCGACGUUUUCGCGUGCGAGAUCUCGGCGAGUACAGCGAUCUGUAUCUCAAGACCGACGUGCUUCUUCUGGCGAAUAUAUUUGAAAAUUUUCGGGACGCGUGUUCGGCGAGUUACGGGCUCGAUCCCGCGCAUUACUACACGUUGCCGGGGUACACGUGGGACGCCAUGCUGUGGUACACCGCCGUGCGUUUUGAGCUGCUCACCGACAUCGACAUGGUGCUGUUCGUGGAACGUGGAAUACGCGGCGGCCUCAGUCAAUGUUCGCUCAGGUACGCGCGAGCCAAUAACAGGCACGUACCGACGCACGAUUCGUCCCAGCCCACUACGUAUCUCAUGUAUUACGACGUGAACAAUCUGUACGGCUGGGCUAUGAGCGAAUCGUUGCCCUACGCGAAUUUCCAGUGGCUCGACGAUCCUGAGAAUUUCGACGCGACGACCGUGCCGACGGACAGCGACGUCGGUUACAUUUUGGAGGUGGAUCUCGAGUACCCGCGAGACCUGCACGACGCCCACGCAGAUCUGCCGUUGUGCCCGACGCGCGACAAACCGCCCGGCAAGCGACAGGAAAAACUGCUCGCCACUCUCUACGACAAAUCGCGCUACGUGACGCACUAUCGAAACCUGCAGCAAUGUCUGCGACUAGGUAUGCGUCUGACGCGCGUUCGUCGUGUUCUGCGAUUCACCCAGUCGCAGUGGCUUCGCGUGUACAUCGAGCUGAACACCGCGCUUAGGACGCGCGCGAGCAACGAGUUCGAACGGAAUUUGUACAAACUGAUGAACAACGCUGUCUUCGGCAAGAUUAUGGAGAACGUGCGCGAUCACGUGGACUUGCGUCUCGUGACGCGAUGGGACGGGAGAUACGGCGAUGAGGCGUUGAUCGCUAAGCCGAAUUUUCACAGCAGGAGCGUCUUCUCGGAGAAUCUGGUGGCGAUCGAGCUGUGA